CGCGCUACCGCCCCGACCUUACUCCUCUCUCUCUCUCUUCUUCUUCUUCUACCCACUUCUUGCACGCGUGCAAGAACGAGAAUUCGAUCCCACUCCGCCCAAUUUCUCGCGCGAAUUCGCCGCCAAUUCGAGCAGGCAGCAAUGGAGUCCCCCGCCGACGAUGCCCUCCCGGCGCUGCCGCCGAUCAGGACCGCUUUGUCGACCCCGUCGCCGCCGCCGACGACCGUGGAGGCGGAGGUCUCAGCUUCGCCUUCGCCGCCGAAGGAGGAGGUGGUGGCGGAGGCGGAUGCGGAGGAGGAAGAGCCGUCGACGCCGACGUCGGAGGAGAGCAGGCUGAGGCCGCCGGCGGUGUGCCCGCCGGCGCCGCGAAAGCCGCUGCCGCCGCGGCGGCUGGCGGCUGCGGCGGCGGGGAAGAGGAAGUCGUCGCCGGUGGUGUUCGUCGACGUCCCGCGAGACCUCGCCGCCGUGUUCCGGUCACUGCCGCCGAAGAAGCGGAUCCGGGCGUGGUGAUGCCGCCGCGAUCUGGCCAGUAUAAUUUCCCAUGGCCGCCCGGCUUCUUGGUUUGGUUGAUUUCUUGGAGAAUUCUUGGAGUUCUUCCCCUUCUUCUUCUUUUUUUCUCCUUUUCUUUUCUUCUUAAUUUAUUUACUGGUGUCCACGGCCAUCGUAUAAAUUAUAGUUCUUCGUAUAAAUAAGGUGUUAUUUUUAUGUGUGUUUUUUAUCUUAUUUUUUAUGCCUUUGUGUGAAGGAGAAUUUGUAGUUGUAGAAUUGAGGAGGCUGUUACUGGAUGGAAGUGAAAAGCCAAAUAAUGGUUGUAAGAAAAAUUCACAGAAAUCUUGGUAAUUAUGAUAGCUACCAAAACCAUUUAUUAUCA